UGUGUAUUCGGCCCAAUUGACCUCACAGUUUGCCCGGCCCGCCCAUGAGGCGCCCAUCAACACGCUGCAGCGCCUGCAAUCGGCCAUGAUACGCGACGGCUAUCGUUUGUAUGUGGAGAAGGAGAGCAGCUCCCUGGAGAUGCUGGAGAAUGGCACCGAGCUCUUUCGGCAGUUGUAUGCCCUGAUGCGACAGCAGCAGCCCGAUGGCCAUCAGGGUUUCCUCAUUGACUCUGUGGAGGCGGGCAUAAAGCUCAUUGCCGAUGGCGGCGAGAACAAGGCAGUGCUUGGGGGCAGGGAAACGCUCUACUUCAACAUACAGCAAUAUGGCGCCAAGAAUUUUCAAUUGAGUCAGAAACUGUACACCCGCUACUCUGCGGUGGCUGUGCAGAUUGGUUGUCCCUUUCUGGACAGCUUGAAUGAUGUACUCAUCCACCUGUUUGAGGGUGGAAUCCUGGACAAAAUGACCACCGCAGAGUACACCGCUCAGUCGCGCCAGAUGACCAAAGAUCAGGCCCAACAAUCCAAGGAACUGGCAGCCGCCGAGAGCGUCAAGGCCAACUCCAAUGCAAAGGGCAGCGAGGCCCAGCCCCAGGACCUCAAUCAGGAUAGCGAAAUUAUCAGUGCCCUCAAUCUAAGGAUGCUACAAGGCGCCUUUAUAGCCCUGGGUGUGGGUUCUCUGGCGGCAGGUGGGCCUACCAAAAGGAUUAAAGCUUCAAUGGAACCCCGCUGGAUUCGGAGAAAGAGGAGACUCGGCCCUAGACAAAACGGAGAAAACAAAUACUCGUAGAUGGAAAGCAGUGACAGAAUGAACGUUCAAGCCCAAAAACGGUCGACCUCCUAACCCCCAUCCUAAACUCUUCCUCUCUU